GAGGAGGGACAAGGGGAGAGUGUUGACGGAAAGAAGCGAAAGCGCCGCGGAGCCGCCGGGACCGGACCGGGAUCAUCGGGAUCGGAAUUAUCGGGAUUAUCGGGAUUACCGGGAUCGUUAUCGGGAUCGAGGAGGGGGCCCAGAGCCCUCCAGGCUCAGCCGGGGAUGUUCCACGGCAUCGCGGGCCCGGCCGGGAUGGGCGCGCCCGGGAAUAAACCGGAGCUUUAUGAGGAGGUGAAGCUCUACAAGAACGCCCGGGAACGGGAGAAGUACGACAACAUGGCGGAGCUGUUUGCGGUGGUGAAGACGCUGCAGGCCCUGGAGAAGGCCUACAUCAAAGACUGCGUCACCCCCAACGAGUACACGGCGGCGUGCUCGCGCCUCCUGGUGCAGUUCAAGGCGGCGCUGAAGCAGGUGCAGGGCGGGGAGAUCGGCACCAUCGACGACUUCUGCCGCAAAUUCCGGCUGGAUUGCCCCCUGGCCAUGGAGCGGAUCCGCGAGGAUCGACCGAUCACCAUCAAGGACGACAAAGGGAACCUGAACCGCUGCAUCGCCGACAUCGUCUCUGUGAGACCAAAAAUCUGA